UGUGGUCAAAAUCAAAUUGUCAAAAAUCAAAACAACACGGACGCUAGUUAAAAAUAAAAACCUUUAUUUAACCUUAUUAUGUGAAUAAUAUUAAUAUUGAAGGCAAUAUAAGACGUGAAAAUGGCAGACGAAGUGAUAAAACAUUCAGUGCACACACUCGUUUUUAGAUCUCUAAAGAGAUCCCACGAUAUGUUUCUCUCGAACCAGAGUAUGCUGCCUCCAAUUGACGAAAAAGCUGAGAAAGUCCUGAAGGCAGUGAAAGCGAGAGACAGCUACGGGCAAGUGAUGUCGGCUGUGCAGAGAGCACAGGCUAUCAAACAACAAGAGGCUAUGAACCGGCCUGACACUCCUCACGAUACUGAAAUAGCAGAAUCAGCAGCACUAGGGUCAGACGGUGCAAUGUUACCCUACAGUGCACCCAGCAUCCCCACUCCCACCGCGCUGGUGCCCGCGCCGCGCAAGGCGCCCACCAUGCCGCGCCCCAAGUGGCACGCGCCGUGGAAGCUGUUCCGGGUCAUCUCGGGGCACCUGGGCUGGGUGCGCUGCGUGGCCGUGGAGCCGGGGAACGAGUGGUUUGCCACAGGUGCUGCUGAUAGAGUUAUCAAAAUAUGGGACCUGGCGAGCGGGAAGUUAAAGGUGUCUCUCACUGGCCAUGUCAGUACCGUUAGAGGUUUGGAGGUGUCACCCCGCCACCCGUACUUGUUUAGCUGUGGAGAAGACCGACAAGUGAAAUGCUGGGACUUGGAAUAUAAUAAGGUGAUCCGUCACUACCACGGGCACCUGUCAGCGGUGUACACUCUCGCGCUGCACCCCACCAUCGACGUGCUGCUGACGGCCGGCCGGGACGGCACCGCGCGAGUGUGGGACAUGCGCACCAAGGCCAACGUGCACACGCUCGCCGGACACACCGACACCGUGGCCUCGCUCGUGUGCCAGGCCGCCGAGCCACAGAUAAUAACAGGUUCACACGACUCUACAAUCCGCCUCUGGGACUUAGCGGCUGGCAAAUCCUUGUGCACUCUUACCAAUCACAAGAAGUCCGUCCGCGCCAUCGUCAUCCAUCCCACGCUCUACACCUUCGCCUCCGCGUCACCCGACAACAUCAAGCAGUGGAAGUGUCCGGAAGGAAAGUUCAUACAGAACCUAUCCGGACACAAUGCGAUUAUAAACUGCAUGGCCGUCAGCCCAGAGGGGGUGUUAGUGAGUGGAGGGGAUAAUGGUACUAUGUAUUGCUGGGACUGGCGUACCGGAUACAACUUUCAGAGGUUGCAGUCGGCCGUCCAACCGGGCUCAAUGGACUCCGAGGCCGGCGUGUUCGCGAUGACGUUCGACCAGUCCGGCUCGCGCCUCAUCACGGCCGAGGCGGACAAAACCAUCAAGAUCUACCGCGAGGACGACACCGCCUCGGAGGAGACGCACCCCAUCAACUGGCGACCCGAGAUACUCAAGAGGAGAAAGUUCUAGAACAUUGUGAUACGAAUAAAGGCCGUUUUUUAUUUAAGAAUAAAAUGACGUUUUUGAUAUUCAAA